AUGGCAGAUUCACAAAGCCUAGCAGGAACUCGUCAAGAACGUCGAAAGGCAAGCAAAGCCAGACUUGAAAAACGAAGACGAGAAAGAAUUAAUCAAAGUUUUACGGAACUGAAAAAUCUACUAAUUUUGGCAAACCCGUAUAAAGUCUGUGAGAAGUCAGCACCCUAUAGUAGUAAAAGAAAGGCAGAAAUGUUGGAAAAAUUAGUUAUAUAUCUACGGAGCCUUCAGACAGAAUGUUAUUCAGAAGACAAUCCUAUACCUGAAUCUCUACCUACUAACAGUUUUAACAUUGGCUACAGAAAAUGUAUGACUGAGGUUGCUCAGUUUUUGUCAAAGAAUAAACUGGACGAAUCACCAGAGUUCAUGACCCAUCUUUUUUGCCACCUGAAUCGUCGGCUUCAGGAAAUCGGAAACAGUGACAACCGAGAUGAAUCAGGGAAAGAGACAGCGGGAGACUUGGAUUCAAUAUCAAGAAUUUCGCAAAUUCAGUCGAAAGCAAUGACUCAAACAGUUCAGACUCUGGUUCAGCAUGAUAGCUCAAAAACCCCAGAACUUAACCCUAACAGCAUAUCAGCUCUACAAUUCCAACUACCAGUUAAAAGUGCCACCAUUGGACCCGGUUUUUUUUCGGGGGGUUACUAUUUCUGGCCUGUUUACAAUACUAACGAGAAUACCAGCGACUCGGUUGGACACCAUUCCAGAACCGCUAUCGAUAAUACUGAGAAUUAUAGUCAUCUUAGAAUUAGAAUUAUCCAAACGCAGAACCAGGUUGCUACAUCAUCUCAAAGAAAAGCUCAUUGUGAGCAUGAGCGUCCAGGGUGCUUGAAGCAGCCUCUUAACGACAAAAUGUGGCGACCGUGGAGUCGCUCUUAG